UGUUUGUGUGCGUGGCUGUUACAGGCAUGGGUGCUCUCCUCUCUCUCCUGCGUUCGGACUACAAGCACCAGAUCAGCAAACAUCGAAGCCGACCGGCCACCCGGAGUACUACCGAGCACCGAGGCGGCUUCAACUCGUCAAUGUUGCGCGAUCGCCGUAGCCUCGACACCGGGAGUAACAGUAGUGGAGGCGGUGGAGGGGUCGGUAAUAAUAACCACAAUAACGGUAACAGCCUCGAGGGCGAACGCUCGGCGAGGGAGGUCGUGUUCCCGGACUCGUUCGAGGUUCUGCCCCAGCCGCGUUCCGACCUUAGCGUCGUCUACAUGGGCGUCUCUCACGAGCAGCAGCGCAAGUUCCGCUGCAGGUUCUGCGGCAAAGGCUACAGGUGGAAGAGCACCAUGAGACGACACGAGAUGGUCGAGUGUGGGGGGAAGCCACCCGCGUUCCAGUGCCCCCAGUGCCCCUACAAGGCCAGGCAGAGGGGCAACCUGACCGUGCACUUCAAACGCCACCACCAGAAGAUGGAAAUGUUCGACGACAGCGCCUAGGAUUUCUUUCUUCAUCUUAUUCUUCUGCUUCCUCUGCUUC